CAGAACUAUAUUUUUUCCCCCAGACAGGGGCAGAGUUCAUUCGUCUUGACCUUUUCACUCCAUCAGCCCCCAGUGGCUUUCCUCGCCGCUCUCAUAUCCUUCAUCUACUUCACAAAACCUUUGCCAAGAUAAUAAAAUGGUUGGAUUCAAGCCCACCGACGUCCCUCCGACAGCCAUGGUGAAGUUUGUCGGGGCCGGGACAGCCGCCUGCAUUGCAGAUCUGGUCACCUUCCCGCUGGACACGGCGAAAGUCCGGUUGCAGCUCCAAGGGGAGAGCAAGCUGACCGUCGUGGCCAAUUCGGCCCAGUACAAGGGCGUCUUUGGCACCAUUGCCACCAUGGUGAAGAAUGAAGGUCCCAAGAGCCUGUACAACGGGCUGGUGGCCGGCCUCCAGAGGCAGAUGAGCUUUGCCUCCGUCCGCAUCGGGCUGUACGACUCGGUGAAACAGUUCUACACCAAGGGCUCGGAGCAUGCUGGUAUCGGCUAGCUCUAAUUUUUUACUGGCUGCACCACGGGGGGGGUUUUGGCUUCAGCCAGGGCUCCAGCUCCCACGGAUCGCAGUGCAAGUGCGACCCAGGCGCAAGCCCGGACAGAAGGCGUUAAGCGGUACCAGGGGACAUUGGAUGCCUAUAAGACCAUUGCAAAGGAAGAGGGUGUCCGAGGACUCUGGAAAGGAACAUCUCCUAAUAUCACCCGCAACGCCCUUGUGAAUUGUGCAGAGUUGGUGACCUACGACCUCAUCAAGGAUUCUCUUCUGAAAUACAACCUCAUGACUGAUAAUCUCCCCUGCCACUUUAGCUCGGCAUUCGGUGCCGGGUUCUUUACAACCAUCAUUGCUUCCCCCGUCGAUGUAGUGAAGACGAGAUACAUGAAUUCUGCCCCCGGUCAAUACGGAAGUGCCGUGAACUGUGCUCUAACCAUGCUCCGGAAGGAGGGGCCCUUGGCCUUCUACAAAGGGUAA